CUAAAUUCUAAUAAGGAAGCCUGAUUAUCUUUGUGACGGAAAUUGCGGAUAGCUAAGGUAACAUGGACUCUAUGAAACAUUGGUGUCUGAAGACUGAAUGGGGAAAAUAAAAGACCAGAUUCCAGCAGAUUCUUUACAAAUUAAAUGUUUCCAACUUUGAAAUUUAUUUCUUGUUCAUAUAUAUUUAUAAAUCAGUUAUGUAGAAAAUGACAUUGGUUAUAUAUGUAAACCCAUCCUUUCCCUCUCACACCCCAUCAGUCUACCUUCAUAAAUAACAGGUUAAAUAGUGUAAUUUAUCACUGAUAAUAUCUGCACAGAGUGACUACAUCAAUGCGGUGGUCAACAAAAUGUCACAGAAGAACAUGGACAAUAUGAAGCAUCCCAAGUUACUUGACUUUAGGGAAGUUUUAGGAGAACAUCUUUAUAGUAAAGUACUUGAGUAUUGUAGAAAUGAGUGCCAUGCACAGAAAAUAACAGGAAUCUUAUUGGAGUGUGGAAAAGAAGACGCCUUCCGCUUGCUGGAGGACAAAGAUUUCCUAGGAACUAGGAUCCGUUUAGCAGAAGAAACUUUGAAGGAAUGUGGAUCGUAUAUAGAGGAAAACGAAUUAGUCAAGGCACUUCCUGCUUCAGAAAUUCUUCCCAUCUCUGUAGCUGAUUCAUUGUUUGAAAAAGUCAGUCAGCUAGAACCAGCAUUGCCUUGUCAGAUAACAGGAAUGUUACUGGAAGCAGAAUCUGUGGAAGUGGAAAUGAUGUUACAUGACCCCGAGGUCCUAAGGCAGGCAGUAGAGCAAGCACUGAUGUCUCUGUCUGCUAGAGAGCCUGAGGCAGUUGAGGAGGUGUCUGAUAAUUUCAGUGAUGAGGGUUCAGACACUGAAGAUUCCAUAGGAGACCAGUUGUUUGAGGCAGUGGAGAACAUAUACCCUGAUUCAGAUAUAGCUUCUAAAAUUACAGGUAUGUUGAUGGAGUCGGGCAGUCUCAGCCUGGAGCAGCUCCUGAAAGACAGACAAAACCUGACUGCUAGGAUACACCAGGGUUAUACAGCUCUUCAGCUGAAGGAUUAGACAUCAAACAGGGAUGUAUUUGAAACAUACUGCCCGACUUAAAACAUUCUCAUACAGGAAACCAUUGUUUUCUUGAUAAUGAUGUGGUGUCGUUUUUACUAUCUUUUACUUAGUAGCUUCACAGGAGACUUGCUUCAAAUGUCUGAAAGCACUUUUUGAAUAGAUUGCAAUGCAUUUGUCACUCAUGGAUUGGUGAUAAGGUCAGUCUGUCAAGGUUUCUGCUGGUUUAGGCCAACCUUCUUGUUUGCAUUUUAGUAAUGCCUCAUUUAGGAAAAAAAGAAAAUCUAAAUCUAAAAGUAGAGAAUGUCCAGCCAUAAAAUAAUUAAUAUUCACCACUUCUUUUCAAUCCGACAUGUUCAUUGAAAGUCUGAAGAGAGGCUAAAGAGAUUCCCAUUUCACCUUGUCAAAAAUCAAAAACCUAAUAAAUCAGGAAAACUUUAUCAGCACCUUGUCUUUCAACAUAUGACCACUAGUGGUUUAUACAUUUUCAUACAGGGUCGUCUUCACUAUCCAACCGUUACAAUCUGAGUACUCCUCUUCAAGAGUAGGCAGAAUGUAACACUACAGAAGAUGAUACAGAAUCUAAAAUCAUUCAGUAUGUCUUGGGAUGCUUAACUGUUAGUUAGAUAUUAGUAUAGAUGUUUGAAGAGAGAAUUGUGAGUAUUACUAUAGAUGGUGGACGAGUGAGUUGUGAGUAUUAGUAUAGACUGUGAAUGAGAGAGCUCUGGGUAUAAUACCAUUAGUAUAGAUGGUGGACGAGAGUUCUGGGUAUUAAUAUAGACGAUGGAUGAGGCUGUUAUCCUGGGUAUUAGUAUAGACGAUGGACGAGACUGUUAUCCUGGGUAUUAGUAUAGAUGGUGGACGAGACUGUUAUCCUGGGUAUUAGUAUAGACGGUGGACGAGACUGUUAUCCUGGGUAUUAGUAUAGAUGGUGGACGAGACUGUUAUCCUGGGUAUUAGUAUAGAUGGUGGACGAGAUUGUUAUCCUGGGUAUUAGUAUAGAUGGUGGACGAGACUGUUAUCCUGGGUAUUAGUAUAGAUGGUGGACGAGACUGUUAUCCUGGGUAUUAGUAUAGAUGGUGGACGAGACUGUUAUCCUGGGUAUUAGUAUAGAUGGUGGACGAGACUGUUAUCCUGGGUAUUAGUAUAGACGGUGGACGAGACUGUUAUCCUGGGUAUUACUAAGACGGUGGACGAGACUGUU